AUGGCAUCCAAGCUGAAAAUCGACCCUCCGCUUCUCAACUCGGCCUGCCCGUGGUCCACGACCAUAGAAGACAUCAAGGCACUCUACGACUGCCCGUACACUGGCGCUGUAACCAUCCGGACGUCCCUUCUUGAAGGCUUCACACACGAUGACGCGGUGCAUCAGUACGUCUUCUUCACACCGGGGACCACCAUCCCAUCGGGCACGCCCAAAGGUGACGCCUCUGCGGCGACGGCAGCGGCGUCGGCAUCGCCCCCAGCCAGCACGCUCAACACCCUAGGCUACUCGCCGUUCACGCUCUCCGAGUACCUCGGCUACAUCAACGAGAUCGUGGGCCAGCGACACCUGGGCACCGACACGCCGACCAAGAAGCCGUUCAUCCUCAGCGUGACGGGGACGCCCGACGAGAUCGCCAUGGCGUACGCGCUGAUCGCCAACGCGGCCGAGAUGGACGAGGACCUGCGGCUGGCCAUGGAGGUCAACCUGUCGUGCCCCAACAUCAAGGACGCGCCGCCGCCGGCCUACGACGCUGCCCAGCUGGCCGAGUACCUCGAGGCGAUCGCGGACUCGAAGGCGACGUACCGCGGCCGCAUGGCGACGCCCGAGUCGGUGCCCAAGGUCGGCGUCAAGCUGCCGCCCUACACGCACACGGCCCAGUUCGAGAUGGUCGUCGCCGCCAUGCGCAGCCCCAGCGCCCAGUCCAGCGAACCGGGCGAGGGCUGCGUGCUGGACUUUGUCACGUGCACAAACACCCUGGGCUCGUCGCUGCUCCUGGACGACGCCCUCGACCCGGUCUUGAACAGCGAGUCGGCCACGGGCAUCGGCGGUCUCGCGGGCGCCGCGCUGCACCCCCUCGCGCUCGGCAACGUCGCCACCUUCCGCAGGCUGCUCGACCAGAGCCCCGAGACCAGAGAAGUCGCCAUCAUCGGCGUCGGCGGCGUCGAGGACAAGCAGGGCGUCGAGAGGAUGCGGAAGGUCGGCGCCCACGCCGUCGCUUGCGCGAGUGCCUUGGGCAGGUACGGAGUGGCCGUGUUUGAGAAGAUGACAAAGGGAGACUGA